CCAGCGGUCUGCUCGUAGUCGUCGAAGACGAUGAAGAUAGCGCACAAGUCGAAGAGGGCGGCCACUCCGCAUCCGCAGGUGGCCGAUCUCAUCGCCAAAAUUUCAGAUACACCGAACGAACUUCUAGGGACCGCUCUGUCGCAGAUCGAGACCUGGGCAUGGCCGAGGUCCGAUUUGAAUGCAUGGAUCAAAGUCCUCAACCGGUUCGACGAGAUCCUGGAAGACUGUAUCCGCGACUACGAAAUUGACAAGAUCCAAACGCGGCCAUUUGACAAUGAUAUCAAGUACCUCGUGUCUGGCAUACUCAAAUUCGAGCGUCUUCUGCUCGAAAAUACGACGAAUAGGAAAAUGUUCGCUUCGUACGACCGAAUCAAGAGUCUGAUGUCUACAUCGGAUCUCGACAUCCUCCUCCUUGCACUCAACUUGCUCCUCCGCCCCGCACAGCAAUAUUCUGCACAACCUCACGUAUCCCAAGCUCUGAGCAUCUCCACUCAGCAGCUCCUGUGCCUGGCCAAGCGUUGGCCUCAUGCCAGAGAUAACAAUCUCAGCCUCGUGGACCUCGCCUCCGAGCAGGGCGUUGAGCAAGUCAACGGCCUCCCGCCCGAAGCGCGAGAGGUCAACUUUACCUUCUACAAGAAACAGAAGACUAACAAGUCCAGUGGUGCGGGGUCGAAUUCGGCUGAUCCGAAAAUUGCGCCGCCCCCGACAUCUGCUGCUCCGCCGCAAACGCCUGCCCGGAAAACUUCCUCAGGGCCAGCCACGUCAGCAGCCCCAUUGCUCCCGUCAGGUUCAGGAGCUGUGCCCGUCCACAUCGAUCAUCAAACCAUAGAAUCCCAGAGUGCGAUGGACGUGCUAAAGGAAGCUGUCAACAAAUACGAAAUCCCUGAAGACGAAGAGAAGUAUGAGCUCCUUUGUCGCAUUCGCGCUGCCGGCGUGCUCGUGCCAUCACCUGAUGCUCUCGACGCGCGCCAGAAAUACCUCACUGUCAGACUCUUGGCAAUCUCAAUUUUCUGCCACACGCAUGGCGAGACUCAGGCACAGUCCUCACUCUUCCUCUAUGAGCCGGAUCUUGUUGCGCAUAUCGCUGAGUUGUUGCAGUCGGAUAAAGGUGUUCCAAUCUCGGUACAGAGUGCGGCCAUCGCCGCCUUAGAUGCCCUGGCAAGGUACAGGAACAAGAUUCAAGAGGUGCUCGCCGCUAUAAACGCGGGCGUUAACCAUGGCAUCAUCAUGACGUUGUUGCGACGCACCGUUGCGUCCGUCUCGGAUCCGCUCUCCUCGAUGCCCCAGUCGUACGUCGAGGGUGUGUUGUCGUUCGUCACUUAUCUCGCUUCGCACACCACCGGUGGCAACAUGUUGGUCGGCGCGGGAUUGGUACCCUUGUUGAUACAACUGUUGGACAACCGACUACCCAACCGGUUGGCAAUCGUAAGUAAGACCGUGCAGCUCACGGACAAUGUGCUGUACGGGUUCCCCAAUGCGUUCCAACUGUUCGUGAAUAAUCGGGGAGUGGAUACCCUUGUUGGGAGAAUUCAGUCUGAGGUAACCAUCGAUAUUUCCGAGUCAAGUUCGGAACCCACCAACGAAUACUCGCCUUAUGGCCAAUUAUCCGUCAGCCGCGCAGCGGUGCUAAAGCACACCCUUCGGUCGAUGCACCGUAUGAUGCAGUCGUCUGGCACGGCGGAGGGCCUGCGAGGGUUGAUCGAUUCGUCGCUGCUCAAGUCCAUUCAUCAAAUCCUGGAAAAUCGGACUCUCUUCGGUCCAAGUAUCGUCUCGCUCGCAAUCAACAUCAUGGCUACAUUCAUUCACAACGAGCCUACGUGCCUAACUGUCAUUCAGGAGGCCAAGCUGCCUGAGGUAUUUUACAAGUCUCUCGACGCAGGCAUCGAGCCCAGUAUCGAAGUGAUUCAAGCUAUCCCGAACGCUCUCGGUGCUCUGUGCCUCAACCAAACUGGCCAGGAUCAACUAGCUGCACGGCCGACGGUCAUUCCUGGCUUGCUUUCCAUCUUCACCAGUGAAAAGCACCUCAAGGUCCUCCAGGACAAGGAGAAUGCAGUCCUCGUUGGAACAGCGGUGGACGAACUCGUGAGGCACCAUCCCAGCCUCAAAGCUCCGGUUUUCGAAGCCAUUAAGAGCAGCUUGAGCAAGAUCGAGGAUAUGGGCAGCGAGUUUGAGGUACCCGCGAAGCUGAAACCGUGGUAUACCCUGGUUCCAGACUCCAACCAAGAGAAGCCGAAUUAUGAAGAGCACUCAGAGGAUGUCGUGAUGAGUGAUUCGCUGGCGGACGGUUCGGGAUCAGCGGACGGCGCUGCCACUGGUCACGGCGGUGAAGAGCAAGGCCCGAGGGCACAUGACAACAUCGUGGUGUCCUUCAUCGAUGUGUUCGGUCGAUUCCUAGAGGGUCUGUUCCAGCACAGUGUUCACUGCCGGGACUUCAUAUCCAAAGUUGACGGCCUUACCCGCCUUGGACGCAUCACCGCGUUACCAUGCCUCCCUUACGAGUUCGCGAACAGCGUCGCAUCCGACUCUCUCGUACAGGUUAUCCGGACGUUGGCAGAGGUCGCGACGAACGAGACUCUGGCCUUCCUGUCGGGUAUCGUCAAGGAGUCUCUCACCGAGACUAAGGACUUUUGGUUCAAAGUGGGCGGGGACUCGAAGUUGAUGCCGCUGCUGGACCUUGUCAGCACGGACGAGGAACAGGCCAAUCAUGAGUUUCAUAAACUUACAGUUCUGCAUACCAGGAUCACAUUACUGUCUGAGGUGUAUGCCACAGCUGGGUUUGGACAUCCUCGCACAUCGGUCGCUUUGCUACAGACCUUGAUGAGCAACGGGGGCGCUGAGAAUAUCCCGGAUCUUGGCGCAUUGCAUCGAACAUGCGUAUGGGAGAAUAUCGUGUUCAAGGUAGAUCCGGGAUCGCAGGGCGUGUCUACCGAGUCCUCUAUCUUGUCAGAGCUGUUGCCUCCUGCCGACGACGCCAUAGACGGACCUACAGGUGGCCCGACUGCUCCAUCCACGGCGACGACGUCGCAGCCUAGCCUGACUGCCAAUGGCAACACGAAUGUAGAAGCCGGUCUUAGUCCAACCCCUACGCCCAAUACGACCGAGGAUGCCCCGCCACAAGCAUCAAAGGACGAGACGCCUCGGCAGAGGAACGGAAAGGCGCUGAGACACCUUGUCACGCAGAUACCUAUAUCCCUGGGUCCAUUCUUUCAAGCGAUCGUGAAGCUAUUCAACGCCCGACGCCAACUCGAAAGAACUCAGCGACAACAAUUCCUCCAUUCUGGAUCAGUGAUCGCGGAUGUACUCGUCCAGCAUCUCAGUCAGAAGGACAUAAGCGACGUUCUUUCCUCGCAUGCUUAUCAUACCGUCAUGUUGGGGCAUGCCGCGAUCCUCCUCGUCGAAGAACGCCCAAAUCAAAGUUAUCUGAACACCGUUCUUGUCUUCGCGUUCUACCGGGCCGGUGGCUUAGAUGCUGUUCUCGACAUUUGCCGCAGGUUUAUCAGCUCGCUGGAACGCCUAGUGGGCAUAAAUGCCGACAAUCGGAGCGAGUCCGACAAACAGGAGCUUGUUCAUUCUUAUGGCGGGUUGAAGGUUGCCCUGCGACUUUUGGAGCCUCUGGUUACCGCUAAGUCCUUGCUAGAGGCAACGCAGACGCAGCUGGUUGCGACCACAGACAAGCCCGAGACAGAUUCUGCAUAUUUUGAGGCCCGGAAUUUCCUAGUGAAAUUGCGAACCGCGAUACUGCCGGUGGUGCGCACGAUGUGGGAGUCUUCAUGGCUUCCUCAAGUACCGGUUGGAGUCAGUCGCUCCAUCGCAUCGGUCGUUCUAGAGCUUGCAAAGGGGGAAGGUGAGGAUGCUGCAACCGGAGACGCCGCCCCUGUGCUACCUCCAACAGCACUCCCCGGUCCCGAUGAGACUCGCAUUCGCCAAUUGACGGAUAUGGGCUUCCCAAGAUCUGCAGCGGAACGUGCUCUAAUACGCAUGCACAAUAACGUAGCUGCUGCUGCAGAGCUCCUACUGGCGCAACCGUUUGCUCUUCACCCGGAUCCAGAGCCUGCACAGGCGGCACAUGCGGAAGACGCUGAGAUGGCGAAUGCUGACGAACACGAGGGUGGUGACAACGUAUCCACGAACGGCGCUGGCGAAGCAUCAACAACAGAGCAACACGUACCCUCUUCGGAUCCCCUUGCAGUGAACGCGCCUGAACCUGCAUCAGGGAAAAGCGCGGAAGAGUGGCGACAGGAACUCGCCAAGGCGAGGGAACCUUUGCGGAACAACAUGGGAAAACUUGCGCUGCGACUGGUGGACGAGCAGCCAUCUCUCAUUUUCGACGUUCAAAACGCUUUUCUCGGCGCAUCUGGUGAUUAUCAGACGCAAUCAAUACGCCAGCUGGUCAGCGACAUCAAGGAGUUUCAAACUACGGCAUACGAUGUUCACGAGCAACCCAUGGCCCUCCGCUUCCGCCUGCUUGCUCUUGUCAUGAACAACAGCUCUCGUCCACUGGAGCUCCUCGGGAACGAUGACAAGCAUUUGAUGGACGUUCUUCUAGCGCUUCUACUUUCCAAUCCUAUCGCCCUCGACUCUGAACAUCCCGUUUUGCCGAAAUGGUUGGCAACGCAUAUGCUGGUGGCGGAGUCGCUGCUCACUGCAGGAGAGGAUAUUCGAAGCAUUACCCUGCCGCAGUCCGAGAACGACGAAAUACAAAAAGAGGAGCUCAUGACUGGACCUACUCAUCCCGAAGCGCGAAGUUUUAUGUUCGACUUGUGCUUGCGUCUGCUGGCCGUUCCACAACUACCCCGGGACGAAUACUUGUCUUCAUUACGUCUCCUAGUCUUCCUUACUCGGGAUCACUCUACAGCAAGUGAAUUCAUCGCUCGCGGUGGGCUUCCUCUACUCUUCAGCCAUCACAAGACUUCGUCCGCAGAUGGAGCGAAAUCCUACAUAUCUCUCAUCGUUCGGCACAUCGUGGAGGAGCCUCGUGUUCUGCAACACACCAUGCAGAGAGAGAUCAAACGCUUACUAGCGCAUUCGAAGGCCAACUUCCCUGAUCCCAGUCACUAUGUUCGAACCUGCAGCGCAGCUGCUCUUCGUGACCCUGCGGCGUUCAUCCAAGCGACCGAAGCUGUUUGCCAGCUUCAUCGCCCUUUCGGUGUAGGUCAGCAUAUCAGUCUGAAGAAGACCGAGAUGUCCGCAUCUACAUCGGCACCCAAGGAUCAAGCGGAAAUGCCGGUUGAUUCGCCCAGUCCCUCUGCGGCCGCAGCAUCCGGGGCGUUGGAUGAGGUGGUGUAUUGCUUGAUCUCAGAGUUAAUGCAAACGGUGAAGCCCGCAGAAACAUUCAACGCGGUCGGUCCUGGGGAAUCGGCACCAACCUCAGAGAGCACGCCCGGUGUCACUUCCUCUCCAGCUCCAGCUGCUGACGCCUCAACGUCAAAAGCUGAUCAUGACGUCUCAUAUCCUUGCUUCCUCAUGCAGUGCUUGACCGAACUUCUUUUCUCAUACGAUGCGUGCAAACUCGCGUUCCUGUCGUACUCCCCGAGAAAACGCUCACAUCCUUCCUCCAAGGAGCAUCCCAACAAACAUCGCACAGCGGCGCUCAAUUUCUUCUUAUACGACUUGAUCUCGUUCGGGAGCAUUCAUCCUCCCACAGACGCUGAUGCUCGAAAACGAGUCACGCUGUGCAACUGGGCUAUGUCUGUCCUGGUUGCACUGUGUGUCAACGGUUCUUCAUCGAACGAUCUCAAAGAUGUAUCCGACGAUCUCGUUUCGGUACGCAAGUUCGUCGUGGACGCCAUCAGCCGCGCCAUUAAAGAAGUCAUCCCCUCCGACACCAUUGAUGCUCGAUAUGGGCGCCUGCUCGCGCUCGCUGAGCUAUCUCAUCGGCUCCUGACCGUACGGUUCAAUACAUCAACGCGGAAAGUGCCGGAGGACUCGCCGACGCACAUAGCGAAAGUGAUGCUGGAGAAGAAUUUUGUGUCCCAUUUGACCAACGCUCUGGGUGAAAUUGACCUGAACUAUCCCAACGUCCGCGGGCUCGUAACGGCGCUCUUGAAACCCGAGCAGCACCUGACAAAGAUAGCGAUCAAGAUGAGUCGUUCAUCGGAUAAGAAGGAGAUAUCGGAAGACCAGGCACACAGCGAAAGUUCAAUGUCGGACGACGACGAGGAUGGCGAAGACGAAGAGGACGAAGACGAAGCAAUGGACGCGGACGAAGGCAGGGAAGAGACGCCCGACUUGUAUAGAAACUCGUCACUCGGAAUGUUUGGCGGCGAGAUGGAAGACGUCAACCUAGCUCAAGAUGAAGAAGCCUACGAGGAAGACGACGGGGAUGAGGACGACGUGGAGAUGGAUUUCGGAGAGGAGACCGGCAGUGAUAAUUCGUCACAGACGGACGAAGAAGAUGACUUGGACGCUGAAGACUCCGAAAGCGCAUGGGGUGAGAACGAGGACGAGGAAGAAGACGACCUUGUGCAUAACGAAGAGGAUGACGGUAUGGGCGGUGAUGACGAUGACGAUGAAGACGAGGAUGAGGCAGCGGACGACGAAAUUACAUGGCAGGAUGAUGGCAACGAUGCUAUCGACGACGCAGACGAAGAAGAGAUGAUUGGUGAUAUGCCACCCCUACACGAUCUCGAAGAAGUCGCAGGCGAUUCUGAGGCAGACGACUUUGUCGAUGAACUUGACGUCCUUCAUGCACCGGACGAGGGUGCCGAUCCUGAAGGACUUGGUUUCAGUGUUGUGGGGACAAACCUGAUGGGUGCAGGUCACGCCGCGUUCGCGCCUGGUUUGACCUUCUUUUCUAGAGAUCCGAACGGACGCACAGCCGAUAUCACCGCCGACGUGUUCGGUCGCAGCCGAAACGUGCCCGUACCACCACCUGAAGCAACCACACAUCCUUUGUUGCUGGACGAAUCUCACGGGAAUGGUCAUGCUAAUAGCGGCCUUCCACGCGGUUCCCGCCGAUCGCAGCGAGGAAGCAGCCUGGGCAAUGAACAUCAUCCGUCUCUCUUCCAAACUAUUGAGACCCUACUAGGUGGCCAUGGUUUACACGCUUUUCGACAAAUCAUGGCUACGGCGCCGGAAGGCUUGACGGAUGUCUUGAGUAUGCAGUUCUUAGGAGUUUCUACCCAGAACGGCCGUCCCAAUGUCCACACCCACCUACACAUCGGCAGAAACCCGCGUUCGCGCGACAACCGCCCGGAAAAUCGCGGAUUUGAUCCUUUGCAUACUGGCCAACGCUGGGCGGAAGAGACCAAGAUGCUUUAUCGUACAUCGGAAUCGGAACGUCUGGCUAAACUCGCUGAUCACGUCGUUCUCGCCUUGCUACCAGCAGCCAUAGAGGAAAUCAAGGCGGCGAGAAACCUCGAGGAAGAAGAGACCAAACGUCGGGAAGCUGAAGCGAAGGCUCAGGCCGAUGCUAUCGCGGAAGAGAAGGAGGGGCAGCAGAGGAAGGCAGCUGAAGCCGCAAAGGCAGAGGCAGAGGCAGAGGCAGAGGCAGCAACGCAAGCUCCCGUCGAAGAUCAACACACUGUUGAAGCCGACCCGGCCACUGCAUCGGCGGAAGCAGGCGUCGAGGAUCAGGAUGCUGAGAUGCGAGAUGUUUCGGACUUGCCGGAGUCGAGCGAGCGCACCGACGAUACUGCAGAGGCUGAAAUCUCGGGAGCUGGACCAUCGAAUGCUACCGAACGAAUAACUGUCAUGAUCCAUGGCAGCCCGGUGGAUAUCACCGACCUCGGUAUCGAUCCCACUUUCCUGGAGGCUUUACCUGACGAUAUGCGCGAAGAAGUGCUGAAUCAGCAUGUUCGUGAUCAGAGAGCUGCCCGGGUUGAACGCCCCGCGGACUCACAGUUGGAUGCCGAAUUUUUGGACGCGUUGCCGCCGGAGUUACGUGCUGAAAUUAUCCAACAGGAAACUCUGGAACAGAACCGACGUCGUGCUACGGCCCCGGGUGCCCCACCCACAGGCAUACCAGCGGACAUUGAUCCUGCCAGCUUCAUUGCCAGUUUGGAUCCUCAGCUUCGUCAAGUAGUGCUUAUGGAUCAGGAUGACGGAUUCAUUCAAACGUUGCCGUCGCACAUGAUCGCAGAAGCGUCCGUGUACCGCGACGCGCUCAACGCUCACAGGGAACGGGAACACGAACAACACUCCUCGGCGGCUCGCGCUCCCCCUGCGCAACCGAAGAAACCUAAUGCAGCGCGGGAGUCGAUACAACUUCUUGACAAGGGACAGAUCACCGUUCUCGUCCGACUCUUGUUCUUCCCGGAAGUCUUAAGGAAGAAUCUGUUGUUCAAGGUUCUGGUCAACGUGUGCGAGAACGGGAAGACUCGCGCGGAAUUGCUGAAUAUCCUUAUCAACAUACUUCAGGAUGGCACUGGUGACUUAGCGGCUAUCGACAAGAGCUUCUCACAGAUGUCCGUGCGGCCCGCAAGAACACCUGGACAGACACCAAAGGCCGCCGGAAAACAGAAGGCUGCAACCGAUUAUUUCGGUCCUUUAGCCCUUCCGCGAAGUGAAGCCGUGCCAGAGUUGAUUGCCCAACGAUGUCUUGAUGCGCUGACAUAUAUCGUGAACAAUAACGAAACUUCGUCCCUGUUCUUCCUGUCGGAGCACGAGAUCCCGGCUGGUCUUCGCAGAUCCGCGUCGAAGAAGGGCAAGGGCAAAGAGAAGCAAGCAUCAUCAACCCAUUACCCUGUCGUUCUGUUACUUGGCUUACUCGAUCGCCCAACCUUGAUGCGGACACCAUCUAUCCUGGAGUCGGUGGUCGGCCUUCUCGCCACUGUGACACGACCGCUGGCUACACUCAAGGAGACCAAGGAAUCACCUGCAGGUUCCGUGGACGCAGCGGCAGCCGCGACGACAUCCGCCUCGGAGCCCGUCACUACUGAGUCAGAUCCUCCGACCAACCCUACCCCCGUUGCUACCGAAGAAGGCGCUGGUACAUCCACUCAGCCAGCGCAAACAGGACCCGAGAAUGAUGAGACAAAGGCGAAGCAAGAUGACGAAGCGAGGCCUCUGCUCACCGAUCCACCGCAGAUACCCCAGCAUGCACUCCAGCUUAUCGUUAACAUUCUCACCAUGGGGGAGUGUUCGGCUCGGACAUUCCAACAAUGCCUCGCUUUGAUCCAACACUUAUCAUACAUGGCCGAUGCACGUGAAGUUAUAGCCCAAGAACUGCGCUCACGGGCUCAGGAACUCGGGCAAAAUAUUCAGGCUGAUCUCGAUGUCUUAGCGAAGGCAUUACCGGAGGCACAAGGCGACGUUCUGAGUGGAUCUAUCCCCUCCAAAUUCUCUUCGCCAUCCUCAGAUCAGGCGAAGCUUCUACGAGUACUGAAGACAAUCGACUACAUGUACUCGCCGAAGUCAUCGAGUGGCACCGAACAGGCCCAAGGUGACCGCGAGAAGGUCCAGAGCAUCUACGAGUCCUUCCGAUUUACGCCUCUUUGGAAGCGUUUGGGUGACUGCCUAGCCAUCAUUGAACAGCGACCCGAGGUCGAGCAAGUUGCUACGGUUCUGUUGCCGCUGAUUGAGGCCCUGAUGGUGGUCUGCAAGUACGUCGUUCUGGACACCAAAUCGUCCAUCAGUCGCGCUUUGCGCACCGUGUCGUCGCCUAAGACCCCUACGACACCUCGGGAAUCUAUGGAGGAUCUUUUCGUCACGUUUACCGAUACUCAUCGCAAGGUCCUCAACCUCAUGGUGCGAAACAAUCCAUCGCUCAUGAGUGGCUCUUUCUCCUUGCUCGUGCACAAUCCCCGUGUGCUUGAUUUCGACAAUAAGCGCAACUACUUCACGCAACAGCUCCAUCGCCGCCCUCAUUCACGCGAGCAGCACAGCACUCUACAACUGAAUGUUCGCCGCGCAAGAGUGUUCGAGGACAGCUUCCAGUAUCUGCAGCGGAAGACCGGCGACCAGAUCAAGUACGGCAAGCUAAGCAUCCGCUUCUACGACGAAGAAGGCGUCGACGCGGGUGGAUUGACCCGGGAAUGGUUCCAAAUCCUCGCAAGGCAGAUGUUCAACCCCGACUACGCCCUGUUCCAACCGUGUGUGGCGGACAAAUUAACGUACCAGCCGAACCGUGCGUCUUGGGUGAAUCCCGAGCAUUUGUCGUUCUUCAAGUUUGUGGGCCGCAUCAUUGGCAAGGCAAUCUAUGACGGGCGGCUGUUGGACGCGUACUUCGCUAGGAGCUUCUACAGGCAACUGCUUGGAAAGCCGGUGGACUACAGAGAUGUUGAGUGGGUUGAUCCCGAGUACUACAAUUCGCUGUGCUGGAUCUUGGAGAAUGAUCCUACUGGCCUUGACCUGACGUUCGAUGUAGAAGCCGACGAGUUCGGUGUCACCAAGAUCGUACCCCUCAAGGAGAACGGUACUCAGAUUCACGUCACGAACGAAAACAAAAAGGAGUUUGUUCAGUUGUCUGCGCAAUACCGCCUAUACACGUCUAUCAAGGACCAGAUUGACGCCAUCUUGGCUGGGUUCUACGACAUCAUUCCCAAGGACCUGAUUUCCAUCUUCAACGAGCAAGAGGUGGAGCUUCUUAUUUCCGGGACACCGGACAUCGACGUCGACGAGUGGCGUGCGGCAACUGAGUACCACGGCUACACCAGCUCGGACCCCACCAUUGUGUGGUGGUGGCGAGCGCUCAAGUCAUUCAACCGAGAAGAGAGAGCAAAAGUUCUCAGCUUCGCCACGGGUACUGCACGCGUACCGUUGGGUGGCUUCGGCGACCUUCAGGGCGUACAGGGCGUACAGAAGUUCUCGAUUCACAAGGCAUACGGAGAGCAAGACCGCUUGCCGCAGGCGCAUACUUGCUUCAACCAGAUUGACCUACCAGAGUUCUCGUCGUAUGAAAUGCUGAGGCAGCAGCUGUUGCUGGCGAUCAACGAGGGAGGUGAAGGCUUUGGAUUUGCUUGAACGAUGUCGAAAGUGUGUAUCGGGAAGAAAUCGAAGAGCAACCGCAAUAUGUAGAGUCAUAGCAUGUUCCAAUGUAGCAUAUACCACAACAAC